AUGACAAAGCCCGUCGCAAAACCCCAGGCCAUCGUGUCUGGUCCAACCUAUCGCUUCACAAUCCUCGCUGAUCGUUUGAUUCGGUACGAAUGGGCCGCUGAUGGCUGUUUCGAGGACCGAGCGUCCACCUUCGCAAUCAACCGCCACUUCCCCACGCCAAAAUUCCACAUUGUUAAGAACGAUGGUCAUCUUGAAAUCAUCACUGACCAUUUUCACCUAAUUUACGACACGAAUCGCUUUUCUGCUGCUGGGCUGGUCGUUCAUUUUAAUUUCAAACACACCAACUGGGGGGCUCCGUGGCAAUAUGGACUUUCAGAAGAGCUCAACCUGGGAGGAACAGCUCGAACUUUGGACAAUUGCAAUGGACGCUGUGAUAUGGGAGAGGGGGUCAUUUCUAAAGCAGGGUACGCAGCCCUCGAUGAUUCAACAUCCAUGCUCUUUGAUGGAGACUUCGUGGCUGGCCGAAAACCUGGCGAUCGCAUAGAUGGAUACCUUUUCUGCUACGGUCAUGACUACAAAGCUGCCAUCAGAGCAUUCUACUCAGUCUCCGGAAAACAGCCUAUACUGCCCCGAUUUGCCUUGGGAAACUGGUGGAGCCGGUACUUUGCGUACCACCAGGACGAGUACGUUCAGCUCAUGGAUAAGUUCCGCACACACGAUAUUCCUAUUUCAGUCGCUGUGGUUGACAUGGACUGGCAUCUAGUGUCAGACCCUUGUGUACCCCAUGCCGGGUGGACUGGCUACACUUGGAACAAGAAGCUCUUCCCAAACCCAGAGCAGUUCCGCCGUGACUUGCACGAAAGAUGCCUCAAAAUCACACUGAACGAUCACCCUCACAAUGGGAUUCAUUCACACGAAGAUUCAUAUGAGGAGAUGGCCAAGGCCCUGGGUCAUAAUACCGACCAGAAACGGCCUAUUCUAUUUGAGGCCUCUAGCGCCAAGUUCAUGAAAGCUUACCUCGAAAUCUUACAUCGUAAUCUGGAGAAUAUGGCAUGCGAUUUCUGGUGGAUUGACUGGCAACAAGGCCCGUACUCUAAGAUUCCCGGCCUUGAUCCUCUUUGGCUGUUGAACCAUUUUCACUAUCUUGAUCAUGGACGAGAUGGUAAUUCCACUCCUCUUAUCUUUUCCCGGUACGCGGGACCAGGAAGCCAGCGAUACCCCGUGGGAUUCUCGGGCGACACAGUAGUAACUUGGGAUUCGCUGGCUUUCCAACCGGAAUUCACGGCAACAGCUUCAAAUAUAGGCUACGGAUGGUGGAGCCACGAUAUUGGUGGCCAUAUGUUUGGAGGCAGAGACGAUGAACUCGUGACUCGUUGGGUCCAGCUCGGCGUCUUCUCCCCCAUCUUUCGUCUGCACUCUUCGGACUCCAAGUGGAAUUCCAAGGAGCCGUGGUUGUAUCGCCAGGAGUACGAGAAAGUCAUGUCCAACUUUAUGAAGCUCCGACAUCGAUUGGUACCGUUCCUGUAUACGUGCAGCGUGAUCGGCUCUGUUGAAGACGAGCCAUUGAUGCAGCCAAUGUACUGGAUUCAUCCGGACUCCGACCAGGCGUACUCGUUCCCUAACCAGUACAUCUUUGGAUCCAAACUUCUCGUUGCUCCGAUUGUUGAGCCUCGGAAUAGGAAAACAAAUUUGGGAACAGUCAGAGCAUGGCUUCCUGCUGGUCCUCGAUUUGUCGAUAUUUUUACUGGUCAAGUAUACGACGCAGACCGCGAAGUCAUGUUUCACCGACGGCUGGAGGAAUAUCCCGCUCUGGCUCGUGAAGGAACCGUCAUUCCUCUGGAUGCCAACCCAGCUCCUGCAAACGGUUGCUUGAAUCCAGGCGCAUUCGAGUUCCUUGUUGUAAUCGGCCGUGACGCUGAAACAAGUGUUAUGGAAGAUCCUGCUGACGAUGCGCCCAAUUUGACAGUACGCAAAAAGCAACGCAAAUUCAUGAUCUAUUAUAAUCAGGCGGAAGGGAAAGUGACCGCAGAGCAUUUAAACCGGCCCUCAAAAUUCCGUUUCUUGUCGGUGACAAAUACUCCGGCCAAUCUGAAAGUUUUCUGUGAUGGUAUCGAUCGCAUGAAAGAUGUGAAAGUGACUAUUGAAGAAGCCACUCAGACGCCUAGUCUGCUUAUUGAGUGUCCAUUUGCAAAUUUUGAUCACUGUAUCACUAUUGAACUCGGUCCUGAUCCUCAACUCAGCGUGAUCAAUCCGACACUCCGUCUUGAAAGUCUGAUAUUGGAUUAUCAAUGCGAGUUUGAGAUUAAGGAUCGCUUGUGGAAGGUUCUGAAAGAGCACAUGAAACCUGUUAAUGCUGUCAUUGGCACGUUGCUAUCACUUGGGUAUGAAGAAUCCAUUGUGGGUCCUGUGUCUGAAUUGCUGUUGGCAGAUAUUCGGUUAUGCUCGCUGUCUGCUAAGUAA